UCAUGACUCUUGACGAAAUCUUGGUAUACGUACAAAUUUGAGAACUAUCGCUAACUAACUAACGACGCAUAAGUAUAUGGCAUACGUUCUCUUGACUUCUGCUAUUUAACUUUCGUCGAACAUAACAAAAUCGUGGUAUAAAUGAGUAGAGAUGUUUAUUUAAUAUUUUCAGUUUGAUCAUAACAACAAUACUAUUCGUAUUCAACGUUUGAAAAUACGCACACAAAUGCAGCUUCAAUGCACAUUUAUAUCAUAAUUUUAUCAAGUUAUUAGAGAGAGAAAUAGAAGCAGUAAAGAGCGAGCAAAGAGCGCAUUAAGACUUCUGCUUAGUUGAGGUAAAUUGAUGACAAAGUUGUCCAAGAGUUUGUAUUAAGCAAAGAGUAGUUCUGAUAUUGAGAAAUAUAGAAAUUGUAAAAAUGAUCUCUAUAAGUAGUUAAGCAAAGAGUAGUUUUGAUAUUGAGAAAUAUAGAAAUUGUAAAAAUGGUCUCUAUAAGUGGUCUACCUUAAAGGUCCUAAUUGAUCGUUAACCUCUAUAUACGACCUUUACAAUCAAAACACUUAUCUGCUAGCUGCUGGCCGAAUUCAUUAAUAAUCAUUUAUAAUUAUGUUAUUUAUAUUUUUGCUUUUGGGUUUUUUUAAUCGAAAUCUUAUAGCACUUAAGAUAUAAGAGUGAUAAGAUAACUGUGAGUUAUGUGUUAUAUGGCACACUUUCAUGAAUAUAUACGAUUAAUUUUACGAUUUUCGAGAGCAAGAUAUUACUAAAAUUUGCUCUCUCUAAUAUUUGUUAUACUUUUGCUUUCAGCCUUCGCUAGUCCAGCCCUUUUUGUGGAACUUUGUUGAAUGAGCUAUAAAAGUCGUAUGCCAAUUCAUAGACAAGUCAGUCUAAUUCAACUUCUCAGCCGUAAAGAACGGUUUUAAAUAGUCUAUACAUCGCAAAAAUCAUAGAAAUGGAACGUUGGCUGAAUCGUGUUGCUGUGGUCACUGGCGCUAGUUCGGGUAUUGGCGCAGCUAUUGUGAAAUAUCUGGCUAAUAACGGUAUGGUGACAGUCGGCUUGGCACGGCGCAAUGAACGUAUCGAAGCACUGCGCGAUGAAGUGAAAGGCGACGCAAAAAAACGCAUACAUGCAAUUAAAUGUGAUAUACGAGAUGAAGCUAAUGUGAUAGCUGUCUUCAAAGAGAUCGAAAGCAAGUAUGGACCGGUAGCUGUGCUGGUAAACAAUGCCGGCGUAGCACGUCAUAGUGAUUUGUUGAAAGAGGGCAACUCACAAGAUAUACGCGAUGUGAUCGAUACAAAUGUUUACGGUAUUGUGUGGAGCACGCGUGAGGCUUUCCGUUCGAUGAAGGCUCAAGGUGUUGAUGGUCAUGUCUUCCUCAUCAAUAGUAUAGCUGGGCAUAUUAUACCGAAUAUACCGAAUAUUUCUUUAAAUAUUUAUCCAUCUUCAAAGCAUGCGGUCACCGUUUUGACUGAGAUCUACCGUCAGGAGCUUCUGAAUAACAAAACAAAAAUUAAGAUUACUAGCCUUAGUCCCGGUGCUGUAAAAACCGAAAUUAUGGGCGUUGAUCCGGAGUUUGCAAAAGAUAUAGUAUUUUUGACUCCCGAAGAUAUCGCUGAUGCGUUGAUCUAUUGUCUACAGACACCCCCGAAUGUGCAGAUUCACGAAUUAACCAUAAAACCACUCGGUGAAAACUUCUAAGAUUGCUCGUAUUGAAAUAGGAAUUAAAUUCUUAUAUAUUUGUUAAACAAGAAAAUAUAAAAUAAUAAAACGAAUUCAAAAGUUAUUACUAAUUAUUCAGACAAAA